AUGUGGAUAAUCGUGGCCAAAUCCCAUGGCGAUGUCCAUACCCUCGAAGUCGAUGAGUUGGAUCUUGGUUCGGCAGUCUAUGCAAAAUAUGAGGAUGCUUCGGGCGCGGAGAGCGGAUCGUAUUUUCUGACAUAUGGUGGAAAGCAAUUGACUGACACGGAUGUCCUUGCAUCUCUAAAUAUUGGCGAAGGCGCAACUCUACAUGCGGUCCCUGAAGCGACCUCCAGUCAGACUGUGCCGAGCCCUUCACUUCCUCUCUCUCUCGCGGAGGUCGAACAACAAAUUAAGAAAUGGCAAGAUACGGCAAGAAAGGGAAAUUUUGAUGCCGAUAUGCACAUACUCGAACCUGCAUCCCACCAUGCCUGGCUCCAAUUCCUGGAGAAGGACAUUGUCGAGAACUCCGAAUUCUUUCAUUGUUGUGGGUAUUACGACCUUAGUGACCACGGUAUGCCUGUGCAAAGCUCAAGCUCAUUGGCGUACCAGGAGGUGGCCGACUUCAUGAAGCCACUACUUGAGCUCGAGUAUGUUGAUUCAUUCUCUGAAUCUGACAACUUUCGGGAGAUUUCGCGUGCCUUUGUAUCGUUACGCAAGACUUACCUUAUCAUAUCUCGCGUCCUGGCCGGUUUCAGACACCUUCGCCGAGCCGGCUUCUGCGGCUCUACGUUCAAUGUUCUACUCCUACAACCCGAGAGAGACAUUACAAAGAUCGUUCGAGUUCCAGAAACACUUCUUGCUGAGAUACAAAAGGGCGUUCAAGAAGUGCUAGUGCAAAUUUCAGACCAUGGCCUUUCGCCAGAUGGGAUGUAUGCACAGUUGCUUGUACAUAUUGAGCCACCAUUAUACCAAUUCCUGGAGGUGCUGGGACAUAGCCACAAUCCUGGCGCUACGAGGUCCGGCGACUCGAUCCUAGAAAUAUGCAGAUUGGCUUCUAUAUUUCUGGAUCUCGGCCUGGUCUGUUACGUGGGCUCCCACGGCCGACGGUUCGAUCUGGAUCACUUGGAGAAUGACUUGCCCGCGAUCACGGUAUCCUCUAGCCACGCGCAAUCGUUCACCUUCUGCUGCAGGAGAAGUCGCUUGGCUUGUUUGGACAAAUAUCUUGGCGAAAACCAGGUUUGGACGUUCUCAAGCUGCAUGGACGGGCAAGCAUCUUUUCACCAGCAAAACCAAAACACAGAGCGGUUAAUGAUUUUGACAACUAUUGAGGAUUUUGCAGACAUAUGGGGACCUGUGUGGGCCGCCCGCUCGGAUCACGGUGUCCCGAAUAGUAUCCAGUACUACCAGCUGGCGAGAGGAGUCAUCUACCCAGACGACCCGGUCAGGAAAUCGCAGUACGAAGGCUCCGUCCGAUGCCAUUGGGCUAGUUCAUCCGACUUCCAGAGACGGCGUGAGACGAGUCUACUUCAAGGAGAAACCUGGGGCUCGCUUGCAAGCGACGCCCUCCUCUUGAUAGGUGCGACAUUCCGGGAGAACUCGAAUUGUCAAUAUACGCUGAAUGCUUUUGAAGAUGCCUAUGGGCAUGCAAUGUCCCCGUUGGGUCCUAGAGCCGCUAAAUGGACGCUUGAAACUUUGAGCGGAGGUCUCAGCUUUUCAAAAAUUGUCGGAGGUUCUGUCCAAGCUACCUCAAAGCUGGUUCCUGGCAUUACCCUGAAAGAACACCACCUAGCAAAAUGGAAAUCCGACCCGGAUUUUGCUCAGGUGAACAUUCUCCAUCAGCCCCUGGCAGUCGAAGUCAGCCACUGCACUGGAAAUGCACGACGGACUCAACUGAGAAAUGUCUUCUUAAUGGCUCCGGUUCAGAAUCUGCUGGAACGGAUCAGUCCUCAUUGGAGCCGGAGUGGGUGGGGCUCUCAGUUCCUUCGAGCACUACACAGUCAGAACCCGGAUGAUAUGAACAAAGUCUGGUGUGAUAAUCAGAAGAAGAGGAGAGAUAUAGCAAAGUUGAUUAGGUCUGUCUUGGAAAUCCUGUCGCAAACCGGUACUGCCGGCGACGAGUUCAAUGUGGGGUUCUUCAACAGCCACCAAGAGCGCUAUCUCGCCCUUCUAUGCCGAUUCAACGAUUGGGCUAGAGUUCUCAAAGAUACAUCCGAAAUUGCUGUGUAUGCAGUAUUCAGUGAAAAGUGCCUCGAAGCUUACACAUACACCCACAAUACUACAAGGUGUGGUGGACAUGAUGCCUUCACUGUCUUGCAUACACAUUUGGCAUCCCCCACCAACUUGCCGAUCGAAGGCUUCAUUGAGAUCAAUGCAUCCGGGCGUUACUACUGCGAAGACAGAGAGGAGUCUGGCACAAAGAUCAAGGUGAUGACACCAAUACCGCAUACAGUAUCCCCCUUUGCCUCCAUCGGCAAUACGUUUCAACGGAAGAAUUUCAGAGAAACCCCCCCACUACCGAAACCGUCUCCUAGGCAUGAGGUGUUCCUCAGAGCCAGUAAAGUGAGCUCGGGUGGUAUGGCUCGCCCAAGGUCAAGGACACAGUCAUUAACGGGUAUGCGGAAUUUCGACCUCUUAUCCUUUCCUUUGGAAAAUGGUAGGAUCACUUGGAGCCAACGGUCUCAAUGA